UCUAAUUCCUCGUUCCAUUUUUCAGUUCAUCGUCAACACAGGUGAGGUCGCUAAAUUCUGUACGCGUUGGUUUUCGAUUGUGUGAUUUAAAUCCUUGAAAUAGCUCCUGAGAACGAUGAAAUUUGUUUUCUACAAUUGAAAAUGCGGCGUUCAAAAAUCGGCGAGGAAUUUCGUCUCUAGCAUCAUAUUCAUUGAUCUUUCGAUAAUUUUCAGCAAAUGUGCAGUUGUUUUUAGCUAAUUUUAACUUAAAUUUUUAUUUUCCCUCUUUUGCUGUUCUGCAAAUAAUGUUUCAUGAUGUACGGCUUCUGUUGGCUGGGGAGACUUAUAUGUAGGGAGAAAUUCUGAGAUUCAGGAUUAUUCGGUGAUGCAUGAGUUGAAUGCUAACACUGGUGAUACAUGCGAAGAAAUUAUCAAAAGAGCAUGUAUCUUGUAGAGAAUUGGCAUCUGUAUUCUGUAGUAGGAUGGUAGGAGCUGAAGCUGGUCAUGUUUCAAAGAAUGUAUCGAGUGAAGGAGAUGAGACGGAUGAGGAACCUGAGGAAGAUCCAGAAGAAGCGAUGGAUGAGGAACCUGAAGAAGAUCCAGAAGAAGAGGAAAUAGACACGGAAAACGAAGAAGAUCCUGAAGAAGAUCCAGAAGAAGAGGAAAUAGAAACGGACAACGAAGAAGAUCCUGAAGAAGAUCCAGAAGAAGAGGAAAUAGAAACGGACAACGAAGAAGAUCCAGAAGAAGAGGAAAUAGACACGGAAAACGAAGAAGAUCCUGUAGAAGAUCAAGAAGAGGAAAUAAACGAGGAAUCUUAUAAAGAGGAGCUGCCAGUCGAAAAUUCACAUCUUCUGUCUGCGACUAGUGGUGGCAUAGCUAGCCAAGAUUGUGGGAAUGAACUCAGUAAAGACCCAGAAGGAAAAAAUGGAAAGAAAGUGGUUGAAGCAAGUGGAAGUUCUGGAAGAAAAAGGCAGAGUCGGUGGGACCUCCAAUGGGAAGGGGAAACUCGUCAAAUAGAUGGAAAUAGUAAAAGACGAAAAACCAGGUGGGAUAACAAUGACACUAAGAAAGAUUCCUUUGAUUCGGCUGGUAUCACUAAUGGCUUGGAUCUUUUGAAGGACCGAAAUGUCUUAAGCUUGAAAGAGCGUUUACUGGAAACCAACAAGAAGCUAAUAAGUAGUACAUGUAGUGCCAAGAAACGGGAGAAACUCAUAAAUAAAAGCAAGCUUAUUAUAAGUAAGUUAGCCAAGGCUAAUCUGCGGCAACCUACCAGGUCAUUUGUGAAGAAAAUUCUGGUUCCGGUGAAAGAGUAUCCAACGUAUAAUUUUAUCGGUCUCAUUCUUGGACCAAAGGGAAGUACCCAAAAGAAAAUGGAAAAGGAAACCGGUGCAAAGAUUCUUUUGAGAGGUAAGGGUUCGGGUGAAUCUGGUCCAUUGUCAGAUGAAGAGUUGCAUGUUUUAGUGGAGGCUUAUAACCAACGGUCACUGGAUGCUGCUGUGGCCAUGGUCGAGAAAUUGCUUAUUCCAGUGGCGGAUGAAAAUAACGAUCACAAGAGAGCUCAGCUGGUGGAGCUUGCGAAACAGAGAGGAACGUAUAAAGAUAAAAAUAUAUGCGAUUUGUGCAAAGAGCAAGGGCACAGAAAGUACGCAUGCCCUCUUCAAGAAUCCACUUUCGAAGCUGUUUGCUGCGAUGUCUGUGGAAGUUUUGGCCACCUGACAUUAAAUUGCAGCGUGCAGAGAAAACUGCAAGAAUCUUCCGGAACAGUGGUUGAUCAGACAAAUUUGUACGUCGGCUAUCUAUCUCACGAAAUUGACGAACAAAGGUUGAAAGAGCUGUUUUUACCCUUUGGGAAAAUUGAAAAGACAGCGGUACUCAGAGAUCUAAGUACUGGCUUGAGCAAAGGGUAUGGCUUUGUUAAAUUUGAAGAUCCAUCGGAUUCUGCUGCAGCUGUGACUUAUAUGAAUGGGUACAAAAUGAACGGUAAAAUGUUGGCAGUUAGAGUGGCUGGAAAGAAACCAGUUUCUGGUCCACCCUCGCAAUUGGGCCAUCACCCUAAUAUUGUGGGUCCCGUUUAUGUGCCAGCUGUACCGAUGCUUCCGGAAGCUUCUAAUGAGAUGAAUGGAAGUUUGGGUUUUCCUUCUUCAUUGAGUUACUGUGGGCCCGACAGUCAUAUAGCAAGAACUGAGGCUUCAAACAUUUCUCCGUAUGUUGUCACAAGCACUACGAACAACUUUUCGUCAGGUUAUGAUUUUUGUGACCGAAUCCCUAGUUUGUUACCUAAUUCUGAAUCUGUUAUAUUUCCUGGUCAUCCAGACUACAUUGGUUCACAGUUCAAUUCAUACUUCACCAAUCCAGUGAUGAAUGAAACCCUAAUGGCAGAACCUGAGAAAAAGUCUGCUACUUAUUCCUUUGCUUCUCGAUUCCGCGGAUAAUUUCACGGACGAGACUUUUCUGUAAAUCGGUUAUGUAAUUACCUAGAAUUUGUUUGCUCAUUGUUGUUAGAUGAAACACAUUUCUGUGGCCAGUGAAAUGAGAAAAGAAAUACAUAUUUUGUCUUUA